AUGAGGGGGAAACCAGCUUCAGGAAAGGCCAUAUUCGUUUUAUGCAUUGCAUGCUUCCUUGCUGGAACACUCUUCACUGGUCAAAUGUGGACUCGUCCCUCUAACACUGACAAUAAUAGUAAUAAUAAUAAUAAUAAUAAUAAUUUGGUGCCUCUACCCAAACCUCGUGACUGUGACCAUAAACGAAAGUUGAUUGAAGGCAGAGCUGGUGAUGUAAUGGAGGAAGUGUCAAAGACCCAUCAAGCUAUCAAGUCGCUGGACAAGGCCGUAUCAACGUUGGAAAUGGAGCUGACAGCAGCUCGGAGAAGCGAAAAUAGUGGGGAGCAGUUGAAGAGGCAAGAGGGUGGUUUACAGAAAGCUUUUGUGGUGAUUGGAAUCAACACAGCGUUCAGCAGCAAAAAGAGAAGAGAGUCGAUACGGGAAACAUGGUUACCGAAAGGAAGCGAGCUUAAGGAACUGGAGAAAGAGAAGGGGAUUGUUGUGAGGUUCAUGAUAGGCCACAGCACCACUGCAGGUGGCAUUCUCGAUAAAGCAAUUGACGCAGAAGAGGCUCAACACAAUGAUUUCUUGAGGCUCGACCAUGUUGAGGGCUACCAUGAGCUUUCUACCAAGACUCGCCUCUUUUUCUCCACUGUUGUUUCUUUGUGGGAUGCUGAUUUCUAUGUCAAGGUUGAUGAUGACAUCCAUUUAAAUCUUGGCAUGCUAGUGAGUACCCUUGCUAAGUACAGAUCAAGACCUAGGGUUUAUAUUGGCUGCAUGAAAUCCGGUCCAGUUCUAUAUCAAAAAGGGGUAAAGUAUCAUGAGGCUGAGCACUGGAAGUUUGGAGAAGAAGGGAACAAGUAUUUCAGGCAUGCCACUGGCCAAAUAUAUGCCAUCUCCAAGGAUCUUGCUACAUAUAUCUCCAUCAACUGGCCCAUAUUACACAGAUAUGCAAAUGAGGACGUCUCUUUAGGGUCAUGGUUAUUGGGCCUAGAAGUUGAACAUAUCGAUGAACGCUCUAUGUGUUGUGGGACACCUCCUGAUUGUGAUUGGAAGGCAAGGACAGGAAACGUGUGCGUGGCAUCUUUUGAUUGGUCUUGCAGUGGAAUAUGUAAAUCGGUGGAGAGAAUGAAAGAUAUACACAAAGCUUGUGGGGAAGGAGAUGGAGCUGUUUGGAACGUUGACCUCUAA